CCUUGAAAACUAGAGAGCUCUGACUGUGGCUCCCUACGCUGUCAUUAACUAUCAAUACAAAGGAACAGGGGAGUGGGAGUGUCCCAUCAUGCACGUGGUUUGAGUCUCCAGGCAUGGGUGCAGACCCUCGGUGCUUAAUGUUUCCUUCUCUGUGGCCACUGGGUAUGUGUCUCUGGGUGGUUGUGCUUGGAUGAGAAUGCACUAUGUUCCCAUGAAGCAUGCUGCAACUGUCUAGGACCCAGAUCCCUGUGUUUAUCUCCAGGUUCCUGAGUUGAGCUCCUCUCUAGUAACACAGAGGCCAGACUGGAAGAAACCUGCCAUGCACAGCACUCCUCAGGAAAUGGCUAUGGGCUGGAGCCCAAGGCCCCCAAGAAGGAACUUCCCAAGCAAUUGGUCCUUGACAUCUGAAGACUCCUUUCAGGAUCCUGUGACCCAGCUGGAGGGGCCCAGCCCCACAGCCACCUUCAGAAAGAAGAGGCUUUCAACGGUUGAGGAUUUUGAGAGUUCCAGUGGCCAGGUAGAGCCCCAUUCAGACCAUUUAGCUGCAGAGGAAGAGCCAUGCAUGUCAGCCUCAUUGAACAAGGAGGAGUGUCCGAAGAUAGAGGCCCUGCAGGCAGUGAACUGGCCAAGGAGCUCGGGGAUGCCUGGAAUUUCAGACACCACCUGGCAGAGGAGGCGAGACCCAAAGAAGCGGGCAGCUGCAAUGCAACGCUUGAGGCAAUGGGAGGCCCAGCUGCUUCAGGAAAUUGAGGAGGCAGUCCAUCAUGAGCUUACCAUCCAAGAGGAGGUUCUUAGCACUGAGCUGCCCGACCAAGCCCAGGGGCCACUUAGCUUCAGCACAGUCAGGGUAGAUGCCCAGGAUCCUGCUGCCUUGGCAUGAAUUAAAUCAUCUACACCAUUCACUCCAGCUGACCCAGGUGGGUAAGAAGGAAGCAGACCUUGUUACCUAAACUGCAAAGUGGGGAACGGAUUGCCUAGGCCUGUGGAGAAAUUGGGGGAGGCACAUUAAGGGGCAGAGUUGGCAGUUCGAAAGAGAAUGAGAUUUCUUUGUGUUCUUGAAAAGGUCACUGGGCUGGAUUGAACCCUGUGCUCUCUACUGCCUGGUUUUGACCUCAGGGACAGAUUGCUCUGCUCCUCUGACCCUUGCUUUCCUUAUCUGAAAACUGGCAAAAAACCUAGCAGGUGCAAUACAAAGCAUAUGGACCCAGGUGCUGCUGGCCCAGCUCCCUCGGCUCUGGGAAAGCUGUGUGCACUGGGGACAUCCUGAUUCUCUGGGCUGAGUUCACUCAGGCCUUCAGCAAGGCGGGACCAGAAGGAAAUGGGCCAUGGAGUUCUGAAAUACUAGGCCAAGUGCAGGUGUGGUGUGGCUGAAGUUCUGAGCUUACCCUGGGGACUCAGCUAGGCCCACGGUAGAGAGGACAGGCUGGGACAGAGGGGGAUCAGGGCUGGUACAGAUGGAGGGGAGGGGGUUGGUGUGAGUCCCCGGAGGAUGGGAGAAACCGGCUAAGAGUACAGGUUUGGGUUUGGGUUUGAGUUCCCUCGGGAAUGGAUUGGAUUCACAUUCCACUCCUCUUCAGGGCAGCACGGUUAGAAAGCUCCAGUUUUUAGACACCUGGAAAGCCGCAGUUGCUGCUCAGGGCUGGGCUGUGGGUGGGACAAGGGGAAGAGAGGCCCUAUGGUAGCCUAGGCAGCUGCUUACCCUGCCCGUUUUCUCCCCAUGCUCUGUCUCUGCUAAGUACCCCAGCCCUAGGUGGUGGAUGUACCUCCAGAUAAUGCAAGGAAGGAGACGCUAAAUGGCCACCCCUGGAUCUAACUGCCUCCACCUGCUCUCAGGCUGGCUUCUUUAUACAGACAUGCUAUGGCCACUUAAAUGCAGAGAUCCAUUUUAUUCUUGGAUGUGUGUGCUGUUUUCUUGCUAAAAACAGAUGUAUGUUUAUGUUUCCAGUGCAGUCUAUUCCACUUCCCGCCUGUCCUGUCCUCGAUGGCUGCAGAUAAAAGGUUAGCACUCUAGUGAAAUCAAAAGGAGAAAGCCCUAAUAAAAGAAGAAGGUCUAGGCAUAUGCAGGGUCCCGGGCCACCUGCUUGGAGCCUCAGGUAACAGGUUUCAUUGUCUGCUUUCAGGAGCAGGCCAGCAGCUGCAGCUGUGACAGAAACGUGGGCUUCCACGCAAUGUUCUCCAUAAGUUAUCAUUUACUUCCUAUUUCAACAUCUGCAUGAUUUACAAGCCACUUCCUAUUAAAAUAAUUCUCUAUUUUCAUUUGUGUAAUUAUCUGGUUAUAAAAUUAGUCCUGUGACAGUGUCAGAGCUUUAUUAAUUUUUCAAAUAAGACAGAAUACUAUUUUUGAAACCUGAUUAGAACUGUGUAACAUGGAGAUGAACGCAUCAGAAAAAAAGUCCUUCCAAUCUUCAUUAUUAAAAAUAAACUCUUUUCAGGAGAACUAUUUCCAAAGUUUGGGCUUGAAUGCAAAUCAAUUCAGAUGUGUAGCCAAGAGAAUUCUAUUUCAACAUCACUUUUCAAAGACUGAAAUUCAAACACAGAAUGAGCUCAGGGAAGCAGUUUGGGGCAAUGUGUUCUUAAAAGAAAGACUUGCAGGCCUCAGAGGAAGGGCUUGGGUGACAGAUAAUUUCCUGGAUAUUUAUGUUGUGUUUUCUGGAUUAUUGCGUAUUUGCCCAGUUAGAGUAUACUUUACUCACAGACACUCAGCUGAAGUGAUUAAAAUGUCGUUCUUGGGGCUGGGUUGGCAAGAGGGCUCAGUGGGGUAAGGGUGCUUGCUGCCACGUCUAACAGCCUGAGUUUGAUCCCCGGAGUCUGUCUA